UUGUCUUUAUCAAUGAAUGUUUGGUAAAAAAAUUUUUGAUCUACUAACUGUAAGACCUUAAUUAUUGAGUUAUUUUUUGGAAUUUUCUUGUGAAAAUCACGAAUUAUAACCAGUGCGCUUUUUACAUUUUCUUUUAUUUUUCAGAUAAAUUUGAGUAUAUUUUCUGAAAAUUGUUUUUCGUUAUUUGUUAAGAAAAUGUUUGGUUAUCAACAAACUGCUUAUAAUUAUCCUGCAUACGCUUCUGCAAAUGGACAACAAACUGCUAAUUUGGUUGGAUAUCAACAGCAGACUGGAACAACGGGAACUGGAACAGCCGCAGCAAUGACACAGAUGGGGAAUGCUGCUGCCGCUAGUGGUUACACGUAUGACACCUCCCAAUAUUCGUUGGCGGCUUCUGCUUAUGCUCAUUAUAGUCAGGCUGCUCAACAGCAACAAACGGCUACCGCUACUGGCAGUUAUACUGGUCAACCAACAUCUACCGACUAUACUGGUUAUACUGCGACGAUUAGUUCUGGAGCUUAUGGAGUGAUUGGUGGAGGGAAGCCUACCACUGGUGCUGCAAAGACUGGUGCGGGGACUGGAGCAAAUGCUGUUACUGCACACUAUGCUGGCUAUGAAGCUGCUGUUUAUGCUGCUGCAUCCAAUUACCUUCAGAACAAGAAUCAGGCUCGAACUGGUGGUUCAAAUUGGAAGGGUGGUGGUCAGUUUGGAGGAAAGAAACGUUACGGACUUGGUCAUCAAAGUCGUGAUAUUCAGCAUUUCUUUUGUGAAGUUUGCAAGAUUAGUUGCGCUGGGCAAGCAGCUUAUAAGGACCACACUGAUGGAAAGCCUCAUAAGAAAAGGGAGCAAGCUGUUAAAGAAGAAGCUAUGCAUAAACGCAUUGGUUUUCGGUGUGAAGUUUGUGAGGUUACUUGUUCAAGUAAGGACACUUUCGAUGCUCACGUUAAAGGCCAGAAACAUCAACGUACUAUUGCUUUAUUGCGCCGUAUGGGCAAGCCUGUUCCACAAAUUGACUUGGACAACAUUGGGGCCAAUUUGACGACUAAAGCUCAGGGCAAACCAAUUCCAACUGUUGGGACUUCUGGUCCACUGAAGAAGGUUGUUGGUGUUACUGGGACUAAAUUUGUUGGAGGAACUACUCUUUUGACUACUGGCGAGGAAUAUAAGAUGGGAACAAAUGCGGCUACUGCUGUUACUGGAGCUAUGAAACCGCAAGAUUUGGAGAAAGCAUUGUUGGGUGAUGAGGAUGUUAAGCCAGUUGGUGAAGAAUUUAUUGAAGAAGACAAGGAUUCACUUGGAAAAUUCGUUGCAUACAUGUGUAAGCUCUGUGACUGUAAAUUCAGUGAUAUUAACGCUAAGAACGUUCAUCUUAAAGGAAGGCGUCAUCGUCUUCAAUAUAAACAAAAAGUUGACCCAAGUUUAAAAGUUGAAAAUAAGAGUGGUUGGGGAGGUCGUCGUGAUGGACAUCGUCGUCGUGGUCAAAAAGAUGAUGGAUACUAUAAUGGACGUGCCGAAUUCCAAUUUAUGCAACAGCCACGUCCUAUUCUUCCAAUGCCUCGAAACCAGGAAGUUAUGGAUGAUAAGCAUGUUAUUCAAAAACUUCAGCAAAUUCAACUUAGCAUUGAAGAAGUUAGAGAAGUUGAUCGUUUGGCUUUGUAUGUUGAGAAAACUCUUAAAGCAGUUUCUGACUCUAUGAUUAAUUCGACCGAAUUAACAGCAGAACAAGUGGAGCAAAAACGUGUCUUGAAGGGUGUGAUGCGAGUUGGUCUGUUGGCUCAACAUUUGCUUCUUAAAACGGACAAAAUGAUUGAUCUUGUGGUUCUGUGCUCAAAUAUUCCAUCUAUUACGUUGCUUAAAAAAGUUGUUGAACUGUUCAAAAAAUUUGCUGAACUCAAUGAUACCGAUAAAUUGACAAUUCAAGAAAAAAUUAACGAGGCAGCUUUUAUUAUUAAUCUUAGCACAAUUCCAUUUGAAUGUAGAGUGACUAUGACAUCGGUAGUUUUGCGUGAAGGAAAUCAACCAUCACCUCAACAGAAGGAAGGAGAAACUGAGGCAGCAAAAGUUGAAGAAGAAGCACCUCCAAUUGAUCCUCUUCCAAGGGAAGCUUGUCUUAAUGCUUUGGCAGAACUUCGACGUGCAAAGUUUUAUCAAGUAAAAUGUAUGCCGUUACAUUCAAUGAAUCCAACUGUUAAAGCUGUUAGAGAUAUUAGUCAACGAGUUCGUACUUGGUCUCCACUUCAUAAUUGGGCUAUCAUUUUACUUGUUGAAAAGACGAUUGCUUCUAUCUCUAUGCCUUUGAGCCCUGGCGAUGCUGUUCGACGAAUUUUUGAAGUGAUCUCAAGCGGCAUUUUUCUUAGCAAGCGUUCAAAAUUGUUGGAUCCUUGCGAGAAAGAGCCCGUAGAUGUUUUGGGACAUAUAACCGAUCAAGAACGAGAAGAUAUUACAUCUUCAGCCCAACAUGCUCUUCGUUUAAUUGCUUACAAUCAAGUUUACAAAAUUCUUGGAAUUGAUCGAAUUCCUGAUCCUCUUCCAAUGCCAGAAACACAACAACUUGGAGGAGGUGCAAAAACAGGGCAGAAAAGAGCGCGUGCUGGAUCUUUUGCUGGCGGCGUCAAUGAAGACCAAAAUGAUGGUUAUGAUGUUGUUGUUGGCCUUGACGCUUCAGCAACAGAUCCAGUUGGCGGCAAAGGGAUUCAUGAUGGGGAAGCACCCAAUGCGAAGAAAGGCAAAGUUGAGGCUGUUGAAGUCAUGGAAGUGGGAGUUGUUGUUUCCUCAAAAUAAAAAUAAAAGAGAAAGUGAACAAGACAUUCUUAGAUGAAAAAAAAAUAAAGGAUUGAAAAAUGAAAGGAGAAUAAAAAAAAGUAAAAAAAGAGGAGGAUAAAUGAUUUUAAAAAAUUUAAAAAAAUAUUUGUGUUGGGAUAUUUAAUUUUUAUCCUCUUCAGUGUUCUACGGGGUUUUUGUCCUAAAAAAAUUUUUUUUCGUUUUGGUAAAAAUUUCAAAAUGGCGAAAAAAAAUUUUUUUUCUUAAUUUUCUGACUUCCAAAAAAUUUUUAAAAAUUAAAAACGAAAAAUUUGGACUAAAAACCCUUCCUCUUACAAAAAAAUCUUUUUUCAUCGUUCACCUUUUUUCACUCUCUUUCUUCUCCUCUCUUCCCAUUUUUACUUUUAUUUAAUCAAAUUUUGAGAUUUUUUUUAAAUUGGUUGAAUAUAUGGUGUGUGUUGAACUUUUUUUU